AUGGACAGAGCGGCGCUCCUGGCCCUGCCCAGCUUGUGUGCGCUGUGGGCAGCCGUGCUCUCGCUCUUCCCCUGCGGAACCCAGGGCAACUGGAUGUGGUUGGGCAUUGCCUCCUUUGGGGUACCGGAGAAGCUGGGCUGCGCUGGCUUGCCUCUGAACAGCCGCCAGAAGGAGCUGUGCAAGAAGAAACCGUACCUGCUGCCUAGCAUCCGCGAGGGCGCCCGGCUGGGCAUUCAGGAGUGCAGGAGCCAGUUCCGACACGAGAGGUGGAACUGCAUGGUCGCCACCGCCACUGCCACCGCCACCUCCGCCUCGCUCGCCACCAGUCCCCUCUUUGGCUAUGAGCUAAGUAGCGGCACCAAGGAGACAGCUUUCAUUUAUGCUGUUAUGGCUGCAGGACUGGUGCACUCUGUAACCAGGUCAUGCAGUGCUGGAAACAUGACAGAAUGUUCCUGUGACACCACCUUGCAAAAUGGUGGCUCACCAAGUGAAGGCUGGCACUGGGGGGGAUGCUCUGACGAUGUCCAGUACGGCAUGUGGUUCAGCAGAAAGUUUCUAGAUUUCCCCAUCAGCAACACCACAGGAAAAGAGAGCAAAGUACUGAUGGCCAUGAAUCUGCACAACAACGAAGCGGGAAGGCAGGCUGUCGCCAAGUUGAUGUCUGUGGACUGCCGCUGCCAUGGAGUUUCUGGCUCCUGUGCUGUGAAAACCUGCUGGAAAACUAUGUCUUCUUUUGAAAAGAUUGGGCAUUUUUUAAAGGAUAAAUAUGAGAACAGCAUCCAGAUUUCAGACAAAACCAAGAGGAAAAUGCGCAGGAGAGAAAAAGAUCAGAGACAGACACCCAUUCACAAGGACGACCUGCUGUACGUUCAUAAGUCUCCCAACUACUGUGUGGAGAACAAGAAACUGGGUAUUCCUGGGACCCAGGGCAGAGAGUGCAACCGUACAUCCGGAGGUGCGGAUGGCUGCAACCUCCUCUGCUGUGGCCGAGGCUACAACACCCACGUGGUCAGGCACGUGGAGAGGUGUGAGUGUAAGUUUAUCUGGUGCUGCUACGUCCGCUGCAGGAGGUGUGAAAGCAUGACUGAUGUCCACACUUGUAAGUAACCUCUCCAUCCAGCCUAGCAUGAGACUCCGCAGUAGCAACCAACGGUUGCAAUCUGGAGGGCGCCCCCUACUGUGCAGGGCUGGAGAAGCAGAUCCCUGGGCCAAUCUGCGAUUUCUUCUUUCUGAGAAAUAUCCAAUCACAAGAUGAUCGUGAGGACUGCUUGGGAUUCUAACGUUGAAAAGGUUGGCAGUCACCUUUGGAUGGUUUUGGGAAUAGACAUUGACA